UUGAGAAACGAGAAAAGGAGGUUGGAUAAAACGAGUGAAAACGGGAGCCUUUCAUAUCGGUAAAUAAAGAUUACCUUUUUAACUACUUUUCUCUUUCCCCAAUUUUUUUUUCUUUUUUUUUGCAGUCUGGUUUCUCUUUUCUUUCGUCAUCGCUUCUGCAACUUUUCCUUCAACUUCUUCGGUUUUUCUUCGGCUGCUCCUUUUCCCAAUGGAUAUUCGCGUAAAGCAAGAGAAUCUACCAAGUGCUACUAUCCCGGCUUCAAAACCCGCUGGGAACGGAAACAAAACCUCUGUAAUCGAUCUCUGUAACAGCGACGACGACAACUACUCUGAUUUUAAGAGAAACCCUGACGAAAUCGCUGAUAUAGAAAGCGCAGAACGAACCGGCGACUUCUCUCCCGAUGUUUCUAGAACAUUCCAGAAGAGAGCCCGAAGUGAUAAUAAAGAUACUCCGGCACAGAGACUAGCAGUUAUGAGUCCGGAUGAAGAGGAAAGGUGUGGACAAGUGACUGUGGCUCUUCCCGCGAUGCCAUGUAGCAUGGUGCGGCCUUCUUCUUCACCCUCUUGCAAGCAAUUAUGGAAAGCUGGUGAUUACGAAGGAACAUCUGGUGGUGAUUGAGAAGUCUCUGCAGGUUUGGCUCUAAUGAUUUUGCUGGAUGAUAUCUCAUCUACUGAAAAAUAUCGGCCACAGCUAAAGUUAUAUUUUCCUGAUCAUUGUCAUGUUUACUUGAUGUUGGUUUUAGCUUUACACAGACCAUUGGGCUGCUUUCAUAUACAUUUCUGAAGAGCAAAGGAAAGGAGGACAUUGUUGUACCCAUGGUAAUCUAUCUUAAUUUAACUGUAUGGCAUAAACUCUGUUGUUUGCGCACAUUUUCUCUCUUAAAGCUCUGCUUGUAUGAAAUAACCAUCUCAACACUUGCUAAUCUGAAAUAGUUGCUAGCAUGUAAUAAAAUGUUAUGCAUUGUUUGAGUUAUGUAGCCAACAUGUAAGGCCACCUCUUAUUU